AACAUCUGAUGCAUUUGAAGCGCCCUGGUCUUCCGGCCGUGAAAAUUAUGAACCCUUCAUCGGAGUCACUGUAAGAGGGACAACUCUGAAACAACCGAUGCCGUCUUUCGACGCGUGGAUUAAAUUUCAAUGAAUCCUUCAUCAAACUGGACGGUUAUUAUGACACGCGCUACAGGAACUCAAAGCUCGGCUUAUCAUGAAACCAUGGCCGUUGGAAAAGUAGUCGCCUUGUCGCUUAUCCUGGUCGUGUCUACCACUGGCAACGUGUUGGUUUGUUACUGCGGACUGCGAUCUCCGAGGAUGUCUGCCAUGAACAGCCUUAUCGUGAAUUUAUCCAUUGGAGAACUUGCCAUCGCGUGCUUUGUGAUUCCGCUAAAGAUAGAACGUGAGAUUGUAGGGGAGUACUUGCUUGGAGGACCAACGGUCUGCAAAUUAUUGGAAUACGCCCAAUCGGUUGCUCUAGGAUCGGUAACAGUGACUUUAUUAAUGAUAAGCAUGGACAGGCUUUAUUCCGUGUUUUAUCCACUGUCGAAAAUAACCCGUCGACAGGCUAAAUACAUGGGCGUAUUUGCAUGGUGUUACGCGCUGUUGUUCGCUAACCCAGUACUAUACUACUUCUUGGGAGCGAAACACCAACCACAAGCUUUGUUGUUCAGCUGUGACAAGCACUUAGCUUUGCCUUGGAAAGACAAGCUUUAUUCCUUGGUUCAACUCUGGGCGAUAUUUUUGUUGCCAAUAAUGAUUAUGACUGUGACAUAUUUCAUAGUUGUGAGUAGGCUGCUUAAGCCCGAUUCAGUGACUCAUCCCGUAAGCAAACUUGGUGCCCGCGAAGGUAAGCCAGACGUACCUAUCAAUACUCACCGCCGAUUCACCAGCUCUCUGCGAUCAAACGCAGUUCCACUUGCUAAACGAAAAUCAGUAGUAAUGAACCUUAUUGUAAUGGCUACUUUCAUUUUUUGUUAUGCUCCGUUAGCGGCGAUUUACGCUCUCGAAACUGUUGGCAAUCCUAAGAAAAAAAGCAUUGAGAUUUUUCGCGAUUUCGCUUGUUUCCUGGCUUUGGGAAAACUGUGCGCCAAUCCGGCGGUGUACAGCUUUUUCGACAGCAAUCUUCGGGAUCAGAUGUGUCGAUGCCGACAGAAAUCAGCCCAGAACUCGCCAGUCCGACGGAAGAUUAUUUAUCCCGGAAUUUGCACCCAGGGAAAACUCAGUGAACUGAAUGUCAGUAACUUUGGUAGACUCGUGGACUCAAAAGGGCAAAGUGCCGUUUUCAAAGAGCCGCUGUUACGGGUGUCAUCAGGAGAAAAUCCGUCUCCAAGCGCUCCCGGAGCUAAACGGGAUAAACUGGCUCGAUUGAUCAGUAACACCCGACGUUAUCGAAGUCUUGGCCUCUCAACUUGGAGAAGUUCUGAUAUUUAGGGUGAAUAUUUCAAAGAUGACAGCUAAACUUAAUCCUAAGAGAAAGAGGCCGGUACUAAUCAAUGAAAUUUUCAAAAGGAAACGUACAGGAAAACUCAUAAUUGGAAGUUCUUAGACUAUAAAUCCACCUUGACUUGAAUAAGAGUGGUUUUUAAUGAUAUUUCAUGAUAUGUUUUAAAAGCUUGUGUCAGCUUCAACUCAGGCCAAUAUGGAUAGUAAUGUUUGUGGAAUCGUUAUCUUAAUAUGUUAGAUUGCAGAACUUCUCAGCCAUGAUUCAUCAUGGGUUGUUUACUUUGAGUAUUAUACUUCUUACUCGACACCUCCUUAAAACUUUUCUAAAGAAAGUAAAUCUGUAAUUAAUUCAUUAUAACAUA